AUGCGUUAUAUUAUACAUAGUGACAAGUAUCAUGUGGCAGGUAACUGGAAUGGUAUAUGGAAAGCUCAAUCCCCGCACAAAGCACGUCAUUUACUUUGGCGUUUAUGUAGAGGAUGUCUCCCAACUCGUUAUCGAUUGUUACAAAGGCGAGUGGAGUGUCCUCUCAACUGUCCGGUGUGGGGCGAAGAGAUUGAGGAUGAUCUCCAUGUGUUCUUUAAUUAUUCAGUAGCUCGUGACAGUUGGUGUGCUGCUGAUCUUUCUUCGGUCUUAAAUAACAACGCGUACCAACAAACUACUGCUAUGGAUCGUAUUUUCGCUUUGUGCAACAGUGAAAAUAGUGAUACUGUUGGAAGAGUUGAUAUGUUAUUCUUAAGCAUUUGGCACAAUCGUAAUGAUAAAGUUUGGAAUGACAAUGUCCAAAUGCCAAGCCAAAUCGGAAGACAUGCCUUUGAUGCUUGGAAUAAGUGGUACUCUGUUCAUAAUCUACAACGUAACAGCGUGAAUAUGGCUACAGAACCAGAUCUAUUACGGUGGGUAAAACCAAAUCCUGGUUGGGUAAAAUGUAACGUUGAUGUUGCUUUCGUUACUCGCUCUGGGAAAACCUCGUUAGGAUUGUGUUUUCAUGACAAUGAUGAUCAAUUCAUGGCUGUUAUGACGCAAUGUCAACAGUCUGUGAUUUCAACUUUAGAGGGAGGAGCACGAGCAUUACUUUUAGCUAUGAAAGAAGCUAGACAUAGAGGACUAGAUCGAGUUCAAUUUGAAAGUGAUUCGCAGGUGUCGGUUGAUGCUAUUCACAUGAAGCGUACAUACAAUUCUGAGUUUCUUUCAAUUAUUCAUGAUGUUGAAAACACUCGACAUGAUUUUGGUUAUGAUUCUAUUAGAAAUGACUAUAAGGUGAUUCAACAAUCACCUUAUAAUCAUUUCUAA